GAGGUUUUUCACUUCUCUGAAUCCCAAAUCCUCAAACUCGCCGGCCUCGCCGCAAGCCGUCGCCGGUGCCGGAAAACCAAAAUUUUCGCCUGAAAACCUCACUACCUUGCCGCAAGUCGUCGCAAUGGAGAAAAUGGAGCUGAAAGAUGAUAAAAACAAAGAGGUAGAAGAGGAGCAAGUAGUGAACCCAUGGGAAGUAUCAGCAAAAGACGGCGGGAAGAUUGACUAUGACAAAUUGAUCGACAAAUUUGGUUGCCAGAGGCUUGACGAGUCCUUAAUUCAGAGAGUUCAACGUCUUACAAAUCGGGCACCUCAUGUUUUCCUUCGCCGUGGAGUUUUCUUUGCUCAUCGUGAUUUCAAUGAUAUAUUGGAUUCUUAUGAGAAAGGGGAGAAGUUCUAUUUGUACACUGGCAGAGGACCUUCUUCUGAAGCUUUGCAUUUGGGUCAUCUUAUCCCUUUCAUGUUUACAAAGUACUUGCAGGAUGCUUUUAAGGUGCCACUUGUAAUACAGUUGACUGAUGAUGAGAAAUGUAUGUGGAAGAAUUUGUCAGUGGAAGAAAGCCAAAGACUUGCUCGUGAGAAUGCUAAAGACAUUAUUGCUUGUGGAUUUGAUAUUUCAAAGACGUUUAUUUUCUCUGAUUUUGACUAUGUUGGUGGCGCCUUUUACAAGAACAUGGUCAGGGUUGCAAAAUGUGUCACAUACAAUAAGGUUGUUGGCAUUUUUGGUUUCACAGGUGAAGAUCACAUUGGGAAAGUUAGUUUUCCACCAGUCCAGGCUGUGCCAUCCUUCCCCAGUUCAUUUCCCCAUAUCUUUGGCAAUGAGAACAUUCGCUGUUUGAUUCCAUGUGCCAUUGACCAGGAUCCGUAUUUCCGAAUGACUCGAGAUGUUGCUCCUCGGAUAGGCUAUCACAAGCCUGCUUUGAUUGAAUCAUCAUUCUUUCCUGCCCUUCAGGGGGAGAAUGGAAAAAUGUCUGCUAGUGAUCCAAAUUCUGCCAUUUAUGUGACCGAUUCAGCAAAAGAUAUAAAAAACAAGAUAAACAGAUAUGCAUUCUCAGGUGGACGAGACUCAAUUGAGUUGCACAGGAAGUACGGAGCAAACCUGGAGGUUGAUAUACCAUUUAAAUAUCUUGGCUUUUUCCUGGACGAUGAUGCAGAGCUGGAACACAUUAGAGAGGAGUAUGGUUCGGGCCGUAUGCUGACAGGUGAAAUUAAAAAGAGGCUAGUUGAAGUUCUAACAGAUCUAGUUGAAAGACAUCGACGGGCUAGGGCUGCAGUGACUGAUGAGAUGGUAGAUGCUUUCAUGGCUGUCAGACCACUUCCUAAUAUGUUCAAGUGAAUGAGCAAAGUAUAAUUACUUCUCGAGGCUCAUCAUUAUUUACCAUUUACUGAGUUUUUUCUUCUUUAAUUGUAACUGUUUUUUUUUUGUUCUUUCCUAUAGUUAGUUACUCGUUAUUGCAACUCAAGUUAUGCUUACAAGAACAACGUCAAGAAGAUGGAUUUGUGGUAGAUUGAACAUGAUAUAUUUUCUCACUUGUAUCCCUUUUUU